AUGCUGCGCCGCCCGGUGCUCUCUCCUGUCCGUCGCGCUCUCUCGACACGUCGCUCGACCCGCUCUGCUGCAGUUUUGAGCUCCAUCUCCAUCCCGUCCGUCUCUGCUAGCGAUCACUACCAGCACCAGCACCGGUAUCAGCACCAGCAUCAGUACAAGCACCAGUCCCGACAUCGCAGUCAUCGUCGUCAUGAGUCGAGCUCUUCUUGGCUAGCGGCACUCGCUGCAAGCACAUUCGGCGUUUCGAUUCUCUCUUUAUCUUGCGAUAGCUGCUCUGUGGACUGCUGUGGGAUUGUGGGCGUUGUGAGCAAGACCCAAAGUGCAUCAGAUUUUCUAUUGGAAGGCUUGACGAUUCUCCAGAACCGUGGCUACGACUCGGCGGGCAUGACGACGCAGUCAAGCGCUCCUAUUCCUUGUACUAGUAACAGUACUGAGAAUAAUGGCGCUACUGCUGCUACUACCACCACAAAAGAAGAGGCAGCAGCUGCAGCAAAGAGAGCGGCAGCAGCGCCUUUGAUUACGACCAAAUUCGCUUCCGUAGUUGGUACGGCCGACUCCAUUCAUUUGUUACGGGAGACUGUGGACAGACAUAAGGGGAAUACUGCUGGUAUUGCACACACACGCUGGGCGACGCACGGUGCCAAGACGGACUGCAAUUCUCACCCGCAUAUGGACAUGCAUGGACGCGUGGCUCUCGUGCAUAAUGGCACGUUUACAAACUAUUACGAAGUGAAACAGGAGUUGCUGGACGAAGGCGUUAUAUUUUCGUCGCAGACGGACACGGAAGUGGCGGCACAGCUCAUUGGACACUUGAUGGGCGAAGGGGCAGAUCUGCUCACAGCAGUACGGCUAGCACUCAAGAAACUAGAAGGCACGUGGGGACUUUGUGUCAUGGCACGCGACGAACCGGGCAAGAUUGUCAUAGCACGCAAUGGAUCGCCCCUGUGCAUUGGAUACGGAUCAAAUGAGAUGUUUGUGGCAUCUGAGACUACCGCUUUCAGUCGCUAUACUAAGCAGUUUAUCUCGCUCAAGGAUGGGGAAGUGGCGGUGAUUAAAAGCGACUCGGCAGAGUUAAACCCAAACGACGAUGGCAAAGAAGAAGGAUUCUUGCAGCGUUUUCCGACCAGUAGAUUGGCCGUGGCGCCGGAUGUCAAGGUGCGACUCUCGCCGGCACCGUAUCCACACUGGACAUUGCGUGAGAUCAUGGAGCAACCAAAAGCAGUGGCGGCGUCCCUGGGAUACGGUGGCCGUGUGUCGGACGACCACGCUUAUCUUGGUGGACUAGAAGCAGAGAAGGAUCGAAUGCUUCAUAUUAAGCACCUCCUUAUUGCUGCGUGCGGUACCUCACUCUAUGCAAGCAAAUACGGCGCCAAGCUGAUGCGAUCACUGAAUGCGUUCGAAAGUGUAGCCACAGAGGAUGCAUCAGAAUGCACGAGUGAUCGAUUCCCGAAGAAGGAUGGUGGCCUGCUCGUUGUGUCCCAAUCUGGCGAGACCAAGGAUGUUCACCGUGCUUUGAAAACGGCUGAAGAGCUGCAACCCGAAGUGCCAACGUUCUCCGUUGUGAACACUGUGGGGUCACUCAUUGCACGCACGACGAAAUGCGGCGUGUACCUGAAUGCCGGUCGCGAGAAUGCCGUGGCUAGUACUAAAGCAUUUGUUACUCAAGUCACGGUCAUGGGACUCAUUGCGUCGUGGUUCGCGCAGAACCGUCCGGACGGUAACCGUUCCAAGAUGGCGGAGCUGAUUCAGAGCAUGCACCGCCUUCCAAUUGCGAUUGGCAUGGCGUUGCGCUCGCGUGACCAAUGCGCAAAAAUUGCCGACAAGUUGGUAUCAGCUGAGCACCUUUUUGUGCUUGGUCGGGGAUACGGUGAGCCUAUUGCCUACGAAGGUGCGCUGAAGAUCAAGGAGAUCACAUACCUGCACGCUGAGGGCUACCCUGGCGGUGCGCUCAAGCACGGUCCCUUUGCGCUUAUUGAAGGUGCGAAUGGUGGUAAGUUUGGUGCCACGCCGAUCAUCUUAAUCGUACUGGAUGACGAGCAUGCCUCAUUCAUGAAGACCGCCGCUGAGUCAGUGCGCGCCCGUGGUGCACAUACCAUCGUUAUUACUGACAACCCGGCGAUGUGCAAGAAUAUUGCUGACGAGGUCAUUCCAAUCCCGGCAAAUGGCCCCAUGACCGCUCUACUCGCGACUAUUCCUCUGCAACUUAUUGCUUACGAGCUUGCCCUGCGCAAGGGUAUAAACCCAGAUUUGCCGCGUAACCUGGCCAAGGCGGUCACAGUGGAUUAA